AUGUUGGCACAAGGGAGGCGUCAAUUUUUCAAGCACACUCUUUCAUUGACAAGAGUGCGGAUACUCUAUGAAAGAAUUACUUUGACACGCUUCACCGCUAUUUAUUUCUUCGUUGCCCUAGUUGCCUGCGUCGUCCUUAUGGCUAUCGAGGGUGUCACCUUCAUGUACAACUCGGAGGCUGUCUCUGCGUUGACUUCUAUCACCCGCGACGCCGACGCCGAUCUCGACGGGCUUGCAGUGCUGCAAGACAAGGUUCUCCGGCUAUGUCCCAGUCUUCCCACUAAGUCAGGCAUUGUUUGUGUGGAGAUGAUAAAUUUCAACACGGCACUUGCAAAGAGGUCAACUAAGCUUUCCCGACGACAAGAAGGCCUGGAAGAUGAAGAUGAAGAAUCUUCCGAGUCAUCCUCCGACGAGGAGGGAUUCUCUUCUUCGGACGAGGAAGAUGACGAUGCCGGUACGAUUGCAGGAACCCCCCCUCCUAACGCACCUCAAGCAACAACGAUCACCGUUACACCCAGAGGAGAAAGCGAUAGUUCGGAUGAUGAGAGUGAUGACGAGGGUGAUGAGGGUGACGAUGAAGGCGACGAUGAGGGUGACGCAAGCGCCACAUCUACCACGGUGUUUCUACCUACUCCAACGUCCAUUAACCCCUCCUCUACAACCACGUCGUCAGGCUCAGGAGCUACGAGCUCGACCGAAGGCGCCGCCGCCGCCGAUUCUGCCAACAACGGUCAAGUCGAUCUGGCUGAUGCCUGCAUUGUUUCUCUGAAGUGGCUGAACGACGUGAUGCACGACGCCCAACGGGAGGAUGUUGUCACGUUUUUGUACCAAAUCUGGCUGUUCGUCGUUUCACUCCUCGCCAUUCUGAACGAAUCCAUCCCCCAUUUGGGGAUAGCUUUCCUUGGGCAUGUCCUAGGCACUGCCUGGUCCGCCUAUCGUGUAGUUGCAGUCAAAAACCUCAUGGGCUUGUAUCGAAACGACAUUAUCCCAAAGGCGUGCAACAGCGUUGACCUAAUGGGAGAUUGGUGGACGGAACGCUUUGAACAGUCGAUCCCUGGUGGUGUCAUUCACGCGAUAACAUUGCUCUUAAUUGGGUACCUCUCGUAUCGGUUGUUCGCGGUCUACGCUGACCAGACGUUCGCACGCGUCGGGGCAUCUCCAAGAGCUUACAAGGUUUACAAGCUCGUUUUAGUCUUCUCCGUCGGCCUCCAGCUCGCAUGGUUCUUCACAAUCUCUUCCGCAAUCGUGUGGAUCGAUAAAGUCACCCAUGCACCUAUCAGUCAGUUUGCUAGUCACUGCAAGUUAUAUUUGGCGGCCUUUAUCGUUACGCUCAUUGUUCAGCUCCCAUGGAUUAUCCUAGGGUGGAUUUGUUUCCGACGCGAGUCUAACAUCCGCUUCGUGGUCUUCUGUAUCAUAUCUGUUCUCCUCAUCGGCAUAUCGACUGCUAUGUUCUUCAGCGAAUUGUAUCGAUAUAUCUUCAUGGCCUGGCCAUUCUUUGCGACGCUUACCGUAACAUCCUACGUUCUUCUCGUUGCUACAAUUAUUCUGGCAGUUGUUUGUCGUUUCAAUUUCGGAAAGGGACUCGCUGACUACCUCCGCUCAAGCGAGGAACUCGAUGCCUCGGAUUUCGCACCCGUCUACAUUCGAAGCCGUGACGACCAGGAUCCUCCUGAGCGCCCACCCAACCCCGAACAGGAUAUUGAGAAGCAGUCAGAGGACGGUGAACAAUUCGAAGAUGGCCCCCCUCCGGACUAUCCACUGCCCCUUCACGCCCAAGGUGUGGACAGCUACAGGCGGGACGAGAAGCGAGGACCCGGCGGUCUUCCUAUAUACAGGUCUGGCGCACAGCAAGCCUUUGUGGCCAUUCCAGAUUCAGCAGAAGCAUCCGCUACUCCUCCUGCCGUUGGACCUCCUUCGCAAAUCCUGCCUCCCCUUUCCCGGUUCUCAAGGGCCUUCAGGGUGUUCUCGACAUAUGUCCCAUCCCCGACGGCAGUGAGCAUGGAAGCAGAACACGGAAGCCGGGUGGAUGUAAACAGCGCUGCACCUUCGAUCCGCUCUCCUCUACCACAGCUCCAAACAGAUUUGGAAGGUCCUCGUAGGUUGUUCAUCACCAACCCAUCAGGAGCAUCCCCUAGUAGCACCGCUCCUCCUGCUCCUCCUGCUCCUCCUAUGUAUGGGCUGCCUGCCAACCCAAGAGGAGGGUGGUCGUUCCGAUCGAAGAUUCGUAGUAUCGAGCGAGAAAUGGACGUUCCUGUGUCGAGAUCCCCUCCCCCCACUUGGUCUCCGUCUGAGGAGAACAAUGGUAACCCUCGGUUCUGA